ACACAGCGGGACGAGCUGUUUGAAGAAAAUUGUUUCGCUGCAACCAGCAUUCUGUCAUUUUUCAAACGCUUGAGAAUAUUUGCUUUUCAAUAUUUCAAGGACGGUAACGCCUUUCGACCUAGGUACUAAGUGUGUCUUAAGGAGCACACAUUUCUUCUUUGCUGUCUUGUGGACCUGCUUUCAAAUGGAAAUGCAUUAAAUUCAAUUGUGUGAAAGAUUCUUGACAAGGUCAUGGACUGGGUUUGUUGCUGAUAUCCAGUUAAUGCACAGAUCACGGUUAGAUGAAGAUAAGGUCAGCAUUGAGCAAUACACCGUUUUGAAGUGGACAGCUUUGAUGUGGCACAGUGCUGAGGUCAGUCGAAGAUGACGGAAGAGGUUAUUGUCAUCGCCAAGUUUGACUACGUGGCCCAGCAGGACCAGGAGCUGGACAUUAAGAAGAACGAGAGACUUUGGCUGCUUGACGACUCCAAGUCAUGGUGGCGAGUUCGGAACUCCACGAACAAGACCGGCUUUGUGCCAUCAAAUUAUGUGGAAAGGAAGAACAGUGCAAGAAAAGCUUCUAUUGUAAAGAAUUUAAAGGACACUUUAGGAAUUGGGAAAGUGAAGCGGAAAACCAGCAUGAGGGACACUGCUUCAAACGCAGACGCCGACUUUUACUCGGACAAUGGCGAGCGGCUCUAUGACCUCAAUCUGCCAGCGCUGGUCAAGUUCAGCUACGCAGCCGAGCGGGAGGACGAGCUUUCUCUGGUCAAGGGGACGAAGGUCAUAGUCAUGGAGAAGUGCAGCGAUGGCUGGUGGAGGGGCGGCUACAAUGGGCACGUGGGGUGGUUCCCUUCCAACUACGUGGUGGAGGAUUCGGACGGCUCGUCUGCAGACCCUGUGAGCUCACUGACUGAAAAGCUGGCUGCCGUGGUGCAUAAUGCCAACAGCAGCCGUGUGUUACACGUGGUGCAAGCCCUCUACCCCUUCAGCUCCUCCAAUGACGAGGAGCUCAACUUCGAGAAGGGAGAGAUCAUGGAUGUUGUCGAGAAGCCAGAGAAUGACCCAGAGUGGUGGAAGUGCAGGAAGAGCGAUGGCCAAGUGGGGCUGGUGCCAAAGAACUAUGUGAACGUGAUUCCGAAUUCUCAGAACUCUCCAAAUAGUGCCGGGCCCCCCCCACCAGACUGCGAUUACAUAGUGCCAGCCACCAGAGGGAAGUUUGCAGGCAGACCGUGGUACUAUGGGAAGGUAACGAGACAUCAGGCGGAAAUGGCUUUGAAUGAGAGGGGGGAAGAAGGAGAUUUCCUUAUUCGAGACAGCGAGUCCUCGCCAAAUGACUUCUCAAUCUCCUUGAAAGCACAAGGCAAAAAUAAGCAUUUCAAGGUGCAGCUAAAGGAUGGCCUCUAUUGCAUUGGACAGCGCAAAUUCGAUUCUAUGGAAGAGCUGGUGGAACAUUACAAAAAGGCACCCAUUUUUACCAGUGAACAGGGAGAUAAACUGUACCUCGUUAAGGCCUUGUCUUGAUCACCAGAAAAA